GUUUGAAAGUAUGAAUGUGAAUGAAACUGAAGGAGAAGCUGCAAAUCACACUAUUUAUGUGUGAAAGACGGAAGGAAAAGACGGUCAGCUGUAGGUCUGGGUUUCAUCACUUCACCGACAUUUAAUAACUCUGACAUGGAAGUUGAAGAAUCCCACUCAGACAUCCAGGGGGAAUUCCAGCCGGCUCCUUUGGGUGCAGGUGACAUGGAGGCUGUGGAGGCUCUGAUGUCCAUGACAAAUCACUGGAAAACCAGGAGCCUCAGGUUACGACCCUUCAGACCUUUGACACCAUCUCCAGACUGCUCAGACGAUGACUCUGCCUCUGAUAGCUCUAAUGCAUCACAAGACACUCCUUUGUGUAUGACCCCUCCGUACAGCCCACCCCACUGUGAAGCCUUCCAUCCCACCUCAUCGUUGAGCCAACAUCAGCAAAGCGAGCGUGCGACGGAGGAGCCUCAUUCUGCUUCUCAGCCGUUCAAGUGCACCAGUGUAAUCCGCCACACUGCCGACGGACAGCACUGCUCCUGUAACGUCCAUCCGAUCUCCAGGGAGGACAGACUGAUGGACAACCACGCUAAAGUGACAGAGUUAAGCUCUGAAGGCGUGCAGAUGAGGACGGACUCUGAUAAGGAGAGUGCUGUAACACAGUUGGACUCUAAUGGAGCAUCACAGAAACCUCAGCCCCAGACGAGUUCUUCACGCCCAGAGGAAAAACCAAAGCCACCUCAGUCUGUUUGUCCUGUUCCAUCUGGGUUCUACUGCCAGAUUCUUCCUCUACCACUUAGUACGACUAACACCCAGCAGCAACAGGCGCCGCUAUUUCAACAACAACAACAACCAGGAGCACCAGCCCAAGUCAUCCUCCUCGGGCCUCAGGUGGCUAAAGCUCCUCUGAUGCUCUUCGUUCCUCAGCCGGUUCUUCCUCCCAUCUACGUUCAGCGUCCACUGGUGACCCCCAGUGGCACCAAGUUACCAGCCAUCGCCCCCGCUUUGAGUCGAGGCCCGUCGGUGCAGAGAAGCAGCCCCGCGCAGCCGCAAGCACCCCGCAUCCGCAGCCAUGUUUGUCGCCAUGACGACUGCAAAAAGACAUACUUCAAGAGCUCCCACCUCAAGGCUCACAUGAGGACACACACAGGUGAGAAGCCGUUCAGAUGUAAAUGGGAAGGCUGCGAGAGGCAAUUUGCUCGCUCCGAUGAACUGUCUCGUCACAGAAGAACCCACACCGGGGAGAAAAGGUUCGCCUGCCCCUUGUGCCUGAGCCGAUUCAUGCGUAGCGACCACCUGGCCAAACACGCCCGACGACACCUCACAGCGAGGAAGACGACCUGUUGGACGUCGGGGGUCAACCAUCCGGCCGACCACAGCGCCUCUACAGCUCUGGGUCAGACGGUCUGAGGGGUUCUGAGAGACUACAAUGGAAAGAUGGAAGAAGCCAAGUUUCUGCAUGAAAAAGUCUCUUCCCAAAUUGUUUACAUGACAGAAAUGCAAACAUGAUGUGUAACUUUAUGCCGCGUUACUGUUAUUAUAAUGGUUUCUAUUCAGUGUGAAUCAUGUUUCUCUGUUUACAUUCAACCUCCAACCUGAGAGAAAUCAUAAGGUUACAUCAACUGUAACUAAUUUUACUCAAUGCACGAUUACUUUGCUGUAAUAUUUGACCAAAGAAUGUUAAAUAUUGUUUUUUUUGCACAAAAGCAUUUUAUCUUACGGGGAAAAUUCUUUAAUAAAACUGCAUAUACAUUUACUCUUUUAACAUGGGGUUUGUCUUGUUUUUUCAUAUUUUAAGAUAAAGAUAAACCCUAAUUUAAUAUUAAUGAAAAAAAUCUUGCAUUCCCCAUUGUCUUGGGAUUUACAUUUGUUUAAAGUGAAUAUAGUUAUCUUAAAGUGUGUGUGGCCCACCAAAUUGUCCAAUCCUGCUUGUAGGAUGCAUUUGCAAAAAAUAUACUGAAUAUAUAAAUAAUCAAGGAUGUCAAACUCAUUUUAGUUAGGGGGAAACUUUCUACCCAAUUUGAUCUAAAGUGGGUUAGACCAGUAAAAUACCAUCAAAAUACCCUGCAAAUAAUGACUACUUCCAAUCUUUUCACUUUUUAGUGUGAAAAUUUAAAAUUACGGGAAAAUAUUUAUUCCUAAUUUUUUUCCUAAUUUCAUUGAACACAAUGACAAUAAUGGCAAUUCUAUUUUAUGUGUAACCUGGAAUUUCUUGGAAAAAUCUGUGCAAUU